UGUCCAUGGUCGAGUCAUAUUAAACACCGAGUUCCUGGGUGCCGUUACUAUAGAGUAUCAGUCGCUCGAACUUAUGGAUAACGAGUACACGGUACCAUAAUAUAUGCUCGAGUGGGUGAUAGGACUGUCACCGAGUGUCGGGGGAAAAUCAUGGGAGGGUUGUACAAAUAUGUACAUUCCAGCGUGCAUCAAUAAACACUAUAUUACGCUGGAGAUCGUUUUUGCUGACUCGACUAUAUAUGUGUACGACCCAGAUCAUUCAUGUUUGACACAAGGCCAGUUGGAGCAAAACCUGGAGUCCGUGGCUGUAAUUGUUCCUAUGAUGGCCAGACGAGCGGGGAUAAAUGUACAGGACAGAUUGCAGAUCGUUCGGAACACGACGACAGCGCGACAGUCCGUAAGCGGCGACUGCAGUAUAUUUGCAAUUAAGUACGUUGAAUUUUUAAAUAUAGGACAUAAGGUUGAUGGAAUCAACCUGUCGUGAAUACAGAACUGGAGA